AUAUGAUUGGCCUGGUCUAUGACUAGAAAGAGAAGUAAGAAGAAGGUCGUUUGUACGAAUAGGCAAACUUUGAAAUUGAGUUCCACAUUCUCUUCUUUUAGCAGCUUGUCCACUUUUAAAGGUGAAACAGACACUUUAGCAAAUGAAGCUCUGGGCAACCACUCUAGGAAUACUUCUUGUGUUUCAGUUCAAGGAACUUGUAUGAUGUCCAAGGAAGAUUUAAAUAGUCGCUCGGUUUCUGGUCAAAGUUUCGACAAUGGAGACGAUAUAUCGAGUGAAAGUGGACAUGAGAACACGAACGAAGGAAAACUGCCAAGAGGAUUCGAUAAGAAAACCGAGGGAAAGGCUUUUCGUCGAAGAUGCAAUAGCAUUUCGGUCUGUUCUUCUCUGAAACACAGUCAUCUGACAGAUGGAAGCUUUUCAAGUAACUCUAUGGAAGCUGGAGGCCAUAGCAAAGACUCUCUAAGUGCCUCAAGUGUAAAUGGGACAAAACAUACCAGUAUUCCUGAGUCACCAAAAUGGAGUUUCUUCCGUUUCUUUGAAGACCAAACGUUUCUUUCAUCUGCCGAAGAGCUGCAGUCGGUAGAGUUUGAAUCACCCACAUAUCUUGCGUCAAAAAGGAAGUCAGUCUAUAACUUUUUACAGAUACCUUGGCAUCUGGAGGCACUGUUGUUGCUAGGUGCUUCUGUCUGUGCCGACACUUUCUUAUUUUUAUUCACGUUUUUGCCAAUACGUAGUUUGAUCGCUCUCUGUCGACCCUUGUAUGUACUUUAUCAGAGGGCCAUUCAUCAUAAUUUGAAGAGCAGAUGUACGUUGUCGGCUCACGAGUCGCUCACUCUCAUACAUCUGACUAUAAUGAUAUGCGUUUCAAGCCUCUUAUUUUGUGCUGUGGACGUGUCGAGAGCUUAUCACAACAUUCGAGGUCAGACAGCAAUCAAAUUGUAUGUAUUAUUCAAUGUUAUGGAAAUUUUCGACAAGCUUCUUUGUAGUUUUGGACAAGAUACAUUCGAUAGCUUGGCUUGCUCAGUGAAUGAGUUGUGUCAGUUACAGCAUACGGAUAAUGCCAAUGGGCAACGCUUGUCUUCUUUGUUACAUGUUAUAUGUGAUUCUAUGCUUUCUUUUUUAUAUGUGGGCCUUCAUAGCAUUAUGCUGAUAUAUUGGGUGGUUACUCUUAAUGUUGCUAUUAACAGUCACAAUAAUGCCCUUUUAACCCUCUUAGUUUCCAACCAGUUUGUGGAAGUAAAGGGUUCUGUAUUCAAAGCAAUACGACUAGAAAACUUAUUUCAGAUAUCAUGUGCAGAUUCAGUGGAAAGGUUUCAGCUAUGUGUAUUUCUCUCUGUAACAUGUUUUCAGAGUCAAGGAAAGAGCAUCAUGUUAUUCAUAUGGUUGUUUAUGAUUGAUGCGUUGUUAUUGUCCUUAUUGAUAUGUUUUAGGUUGUUAAUGUGGUUUGCAGAAACCUUGAUAGAUUGGAUCAAACAUGCGUUUGUGACCAAGUUCAACGGAAUAUCCUACAAAAUCUAUCAACAGUUCUCUUUAGCUAUAUGUAUGGAAAUUGUGCAGUCAAAAUUGGAAAAGUCUAAAAAGGCGCUGGGUGUUGGUUGUUUAUCGAAAAAGAUUGGCUUUGUCAGUCUUCCUUUAGGAUGUUUGACGAUACGUAUGACGUGGAAAACAUUCAUAACGUUAUCAUGGGUUGGACGUAUUUGCGUUUUAUUCUUAUUGUUGAUAUGGAAAUUGCUGAUUGAUAUAUGUUUGACAAGUUUUGCAGUGGAUACUUUGAAGAAUAAUAUACAGGAUACUCCAGGGGACUUGGCAGACAAGAAUCAUACUCUUGCCGAAACACUGCAACAUGUGCGUCGCUACGAAUUUAUUCAAGGAAAAGGAACAAUUCAUUAGAAACUUCAAAUUUUUUUGAAUAUUGAUUCAUGUUCGAAAUGAAGAUUGUGGACGGCGCUCAUCUUUCAUUAUUAUUGCAAGCUGGUACGAUACAUCGCCAACAGGAAUGCCUUUUCUCUUAUGUGUUGUUGGUAUGACUGCCUGUAUAAUGUGUUGGACCUCCAUUGUUCUCGAAUCAAUGCACGGAUAGUUAUUAGUCAUUGUGCACAUUAUUUUAUAAAUAAUCAUCGUUCAUCUUUAUUUUGA